UAACUGGUUUAGGGUUCAUCUUCGUUGUUCGAUGCAUACUGACAUACUCAGAAAUCACAGCAGAAAAUGUUGCAGAUAUAUAGCAGAAAAUUUAAUAAUAUUAUUAUUUUCCAGUAUUUAAACAAAAAUAAAUAAAAGAAUGGACGUACUAACGUUCGGUGUUAUUAUCGGUAUUAUAGUAGUCUUCUUAGUUGCUGUCUGUUUCAUUACAGUCGAAGGAACUUGUAAACCCAAGCCAACUACUACUUAAAAGGAAAAACCUAAAUAAGGUGUAGUCGUUGACAAUGGCGUGUUUAAUGAGAUUCUCAAUUUUGUUUCUUCUGUUUUCAAUCUCAUCUUUCAAUCUCUGUUUUGGACACCAAGGAUGUUCCGGAUCUUCUCAUACUGAAUCUCCUGCUCAUCAUCACAGCCAUAGCAAUACCCAUAAACACCCACACCAUCAUCAUGAACACAGUGAGAGUUUACUUGGAUCCAAAUCAAAGCUUCCCGAGGAAUUGGCAGAAGAAGAGGAUCUUAAAUUGUAUGGGUUUGGUUCACAUCAUGACCAUGACCAUGACCACAAAAUCGCUGGUGAUUCAAUGCUCUCUGGAUUGGGUCUUUGGAUUCAUGCAAUGGGCUGCUCUUUGUUGGUGAGCAUGGCUUCCCUUAUUUGCCUGAUUAUUUUACCCGUGAUAUUGUUUCAAGGGAAACCAUCCAAGAUAGUUGUUGAUUCAUUAGCUGCGUUUGGGGCAGGAGCUAUGCUGGGAGAUGCCUUUCUUCACCAAUUGCCACACGCAUUUGGAGGCAGUCAUUCUGACUCACACCAUGGGGACCAUGACCAUAAUCAUUCCGAUCAUCAUCAGCCACAUUCACAUACACUAAAAGAUCUCUCCGUCGGAAUUUCCGUACUGUCUGGAAUUGUACUUUUUCUGUUGGUGGAGAAGGUGGUGAGAUAUGUAGAAGAGCAUUCUAGAGGAGCAAGUGCAUGGGGUCAUGGUCAUCACCACCAUCACCAUAAGAGCAGCAACGGGUUGAAGGAUGAUGAUGAUGCUAUCACGCCGUCGGUCAAUGCACUGGGCACGUCAGGCAAAGAGAAAAAUUUGAAUGGAGAAUCUGAUAAUAAUAAAGCUAAACCUACAAAAACAGGGUCUGGUAUUCAUAAGAGAGUUAAAAGGAAUGGAGUCAGUAAGGAUGACAAAUCUCAAGCAGAUUCAUCAACUGUAAACACAGAACUGACAAACAUUAAUAAUGGACCUGAUUCAUCACCAUCAAGCUUGGUUUUUGGUUAUCUGAAUCUCUUCUCAGAUGGUGUUCACAAUUUCACUGAUGGAAUGGCUCUAGGAAGUGCUUUCUUGCUUUAUGGUUCUGUCGGUGGAUGGUCCCGGACUCUGUUUCUACUCGCGCACGAGCUUCCUCAAGAGAUAGGUGAUUUUGGAAUCUUGGUGAGAUCAGGGUUCAGCGUCUCAAAAGCUCUCUUUUUCAACUUCCUGUCAGCUCUUGUAGCAUUAGCAGGAACUGCUUUGGCUCUGCUCUUGGGCCAAGAUCCAGGUCAAUCAUCAUUGAUUGAGGGAUUCACGGCCGGUGGGUUUAUCUACAUUGCUGUUGCAGGAGUACUCCCAGAAAUGAACAACGGGAAGUCUAGUUUUAGAAGUACGGGAAUCCAAUUAACAUCGUUGAUUUCGGGAAUGGCUGUUGCCUUAUGUAUCUCUCUUGUGGAGUAAUAGUUCCGGAUUUUAUCUUCUACCCAUAAGUUUAGAAGUUGCAAUUAUUUGAAGGUCCCUUCAGGAACAUCUGAUAAAAUUGGAACGUUACAAAGAGUUAGAAAUUUAAAGAGAAGGAAACCCCGACUGUAGCAAGGUUUCACAUGGUUCAUUUACACUCUUGAAUUCUCUCCCUCUUUUAACACAUGGUUUCUCAGCACAAAUAGAAAGAAAUCCUAACCAUAGCUUAAAGACAAGAGAUAUAGUAGUUUAGAUCUCUAAGUUGGAUCCUUUUCUUAAAGAAUCAGCGAGCUGUUUUUGAAGAACCAGUUGCUGUUUUUGGAGAAUCAGCGAGCUGUUUCUGGAUCAUUAGGUUGGUUUUUCUUUGAAGUGUUGUUUUCUUUUAGCAACAACAGAUCGAUGUCUUGAACUUCUGAUAAUAUUCCUCAUUCUAGGAGUUCAACACCUAUAUUCUCUUACUCUAA